AUGGGAGCCACUAUAUCGUGCAUCAUUUGGAUGGGAUUGUCACUCUAUUUCGCCAUCAUUUCGUUUCAAGCAAAGAGUCCCUUCUAUUCAUAUAUAAAUACAACGGCUAUCUACAUAUUUGGAACAAUCAACCUCGUAUUUUUUGGUAUUUCUCUGGGCACAUUACUUCCAAUUUACUUUAAAUCAUAUCAUGGCAUCAAACGGGCCACCUUAUUCAUAUUUGUCGCACUCGCGUUUCUGCUACUUGAUAUGCUUAUCAACACUAUAUUGUUCAUUGUAGACAGAGACAACUAUGUGAGUUGGUGCAUCAGAUCAGCCUCAUUAAAUCUCAAUUCGAUCUUGCAACAAGUUCAAAGCAAUGGUACACAAGAACCAACAACAACAGGCUUCAGUACAGAAAUGGGCGAUUUUUAUAAUUGCAGCAGAACCUGGGAAGAUGAGCUCAAGUUUUCCAUCAUGAUGACUAUUGUCAUGAUCAUGGUCUAUUCUUACUGGGCUAUCAGCUUGCACUCGUAUAGUCACAAACUUCGAAUUGACCUGCGUGUGAUGAUGACCCAAAAUAUGAAUACAAGGUUACCUAUGAUGGGAAACAUGAUGCCCGCUCAAGGAGGACCAAUUGUUACUGGAGCAGAUAUUAUGCUUCAAUGA